AAUAAUAACCCUUGUGGAGAAAAUAUUUGUGGAAAGGGAAAUUGCGUGGUUUCGAGUAAUAGCACUUUUGGGUACGAAUGCGAAUGCGACUCUGGCUGGAAACAAGUUCUUGCAGAUGACGAUGAAAAUCUCAAGUUCUUGCCUUGCGUCAUUCCCAAUUGUACAUUAAACAACGACUGUGCGAAUGCGCUUCCCCCAGCAUCCGAUAAUCACAAAAAUGCUAACUUCUCGUUUCUAGACCCCUGUUUCUGGACUUACUGUGGGGGAGGUUCGUGUAAUAAGACCUCCAUAUUCACACACUCGUGCGAAUGCGAUGAGGGCUACUUCAAUUUGUUCAACUCCACUUCUUUCCCUUGCUACAAAGAAUGUGCACUUGGAUUGGAUUGUGCAAGCCUUGGGCUCAACAUGAACAACUCAACAACUUCGAGGCCCGGUUCUAGGCAGAGUUCGGCGGAGGACAGUAACAGUCCUGGUGAG